UAACGGGAAAAGCAUUGGAGUGUGUGUCAGUGAGCCGGGACAGUGCCCGCUCCGGAGUCUUCCCCUCGGCUUGGCCGUCAUUUAUGGGCAGCCUGUUCUGUAAGCAGCGCCGCGGCCUCCCACCAGCCAGAGCCCAGAGGAGGAAGAAGCUGCUCCGUGCCCCGUGUCUGCUGUGCUUCAUCGUGAGGGAGCCUGCAGCCAGUGAGCCGGUGUCCCCUGCUGCACCUCCCCAGGACUGUGCCCACCUACCGCUGCUGAGCACCAGUGUCCUGCGUCCCCAGGAGCCCAUAGACAUGGUGCACAAGCGGAAGAACAGCGGAGAGCAGCCGGGCACCCCCUGCAAGCAGCCCCGCUGCACCCCUGCAGGAGAUCAGGAGCACCCCAGCUCCCAGCAUGAUCAGGAUCACACCCCUUCCUAUUCUAGGGAACCUACCGGCCAGUCCACUGGAGAUCCAACCUUGCCCACCACAGAGGAGCUGGCACAGCAGCCCAUAGGGAGCCCAGCGCUGGAAUGCCCUGAGAGAGAUGGCAUGUCCCUACUGGAGGAGCAUUCCCAGAGAUCCGAACCCCUGAACCCGAUCUGCGGUGACUCCUCAUCCUCCUCCAUGCUUCCUCCUUCCCAGGAUCAGACUCUCGGGGAAGCGGAUCCUGACUCUCACAGGCUGGAGGUUGAGCCGCUAAAUAUUAACCAGCUGCCCCCAUCCCUGCUGCUGAAGAUAUUUUCCCACCUCUCACUGAAUGAGCGAUGCUUGUGUGCGUCUCUGGUCUGCAAAUAUUGGCGUGACCUCUGCUUAGACUUUCAGUUCUGGAAGCAGCUGGACCUCAGCAGUCGCUGCCAGGUGAAAGAUGAAAUACUAGAAAGAAUAGCUUCUAGAUUUUGGAACAUUACAGAGCUCAAUAUUUCUGAUUGCCUCAAUGUGACAGACUCCGGAAUUGGGAUGGUGGCAGCGAAGUGUUCAGGCCUGGUGAAAUACACGGCCUACCGGUGCAAGCAGCUGUCCGACUCCUCACUCAUCUCUCUGGCCACGCAUUGUACGUCUCUGCAGAAAGUUCAUGUUGGGAACCAGGACCGGCUCACUGAUGAAGCAAUCAGACAGUUGGGUUCCAGGUGCAAGGAUUUGAGAGAUAUCCAUUUUGGACAGUGCUACAAGAUCUCUGACGAAGGAAUGAUCGUUAUAGCUAAGGGUUGUCCCAAGCUUAAGAAAAUCUACAUGCAAGAAAACAUAUUAGUGUCUGAUAAGUCUGUGGAAGCAUUCGCAGAACACUGUUCCGAGCUGGAAUAUGUUGGCUUCAUGGGCUGCUCCGUUACAUCUAGAGGAGUUAUCCGCCUUACCAGUCUUAAAAAGCUUUCUAGCCUGGACUUGCGGCACAUCAAUGAGCUGGAUAAUGAGACGGUGAUGGAGAUUGUAAAGAAGUGCCGGAACCUCACAUCCCUGAAUCUCUGCCUGAAUAGGAAUAUUGAUGACAGAUGCGUAGAAGUUAUUGCAAAGGAAGGCCGAAGCCUGAAAGAGCUCUACUUAGUAACGUGCAAGAUCACGGAUCACGCUUUGAUAGCCAUUGGUCGAUACAGCACUACCAUAGAAACAGUGGACGUCGGAUGGUGUAAAGAAAUUACAGACCAAGGAGCCGAAUUAAUUGCACAAAGCAGCAAAUCUAUCCGAUAUCUAGGCUUGAUGAGAUGUGAUCAGGUAAAUGAAAAUACAGUGGAGCAACUGGUCCAGCGGUAUCCUCAUAUCACAUUCAGCACUGUACUUCAGGACUGUAAAAGAACUUUGGAGCGAGCUUAUCAGAUGGGCUGGACACCAACUCCCUCAUCUGUCUCAUAAUUCACUGGAAAACAAAUUGUUUAUUAAGCAAAUGUCAUGAAAAAUGCUGAUGGAUAUUUUAUACCCAGAAAAGUCUACAAUGUAUUUUAUUUCAGGUCUCCACCAUAAUUGACCCAUGGCACUGCUUCUGGGUGGCUUGUAAAAAAGGUUUUUGGAUUCUUUCCAUUGUGUUAGAAGUAUACAAGGUGCUUGGCUCUUGAGAUAUUGGCUCUGUUUGCUGCUGUUAGUAUGGAUUGAUAUAAUUUGUGUGAAAAGUGAUUGUAACAUGUUGAGAUAUUCUGUUAACCGAGCAUGCCACUUCUAGUACUAUCAAAUUCUCACUUUAACAUCUUCUUUCUAGAGAAAUCAACAUUACGUAUUAUAAACUAGAUUGGUGGUAUUAUUUUCUCUCUCUUAUUUUUAGUUUUCUGAUGCGCAUCUGUAAUGCCUUUAUUGGAGCUUUACAAUCUGCUGCUGAAUAGCCUUUUUAUAUUUAAUCCUUCUGUUUAUAAAACUUUAGACUUUGCAAUGAGUAUGACCUUGCUUUUAUUUGUAGUAAUCUUACAUUUCUUUUUUCCUAUAGUUUUUUUUUAAAUUAAUUCUAGAACAAAAGGUUUGCAUUUGAGUCUUUUGUCUUAUGAUUUGUUAUCAUGGUUUUUAAAGUGGUUCUUUAGUUAUUUUCUCAAAUAUCUUUAGGAUGUGCUUCAGGCUUAACUAUUAAUACACUUUAAUUAAAAUGUAACUCGAAGAUUUUUAACCACAAUGCAAAUUGGUAAUGGGACUCCCCAAUGAUCACAUGUCAUUUAUAGUAUUAGUCUUCGCAUAAGGGUCAGAAUGGCCUUUUGGGCAAUUACAAUCUCUGCACUGAUUUAUUUUUUUAUGUUUUUGCCAAAUCUCAUGUCCGUUACAUGUGUCAUACAUCAUGUGAGAUUUAUAAAGAUUUUCAAUGUAACACAUGGGCACAGAUUUACUAUAUAAUUAGACAUGCUACACUUGUAGACAGUUUUUUUUUAAUGCCCCAGACUGCCUGUCUAAAAGAUUAAGAGGAGUUUCAGUUGUCUUAUUUUCAGAUUUUUAAGACUGGCACAUUUUAGACCAUGCCUCUUAAAAAAUAAUGCCCCUAAGCCAUGCUUCUUGUCUAGUGUGGGUAAAAAUGGCACAGUUCACAGGCUUAGUACAACAAAGCAGAAUAGUUUCUUUACUGACAGUGUGCCUUCACAGAUGCAGCGGGGACAGGAUGGCGAUCACCUACAUAUCAACUUUCCUGCCUAAAAACAGCCCUGCGAAGGGCUUUGUGUUGUCCACUGUUAUAACUUCAGACCACUUUUCACCUCAUACUUGUCCCACGUUUCCCUACUCGCAUCCUUCUAGUGUAGCCAUAAGUUGAUGAUGACGGCACAAUGUCAGCUGGAACCAGAAUAUCACCAGCUUAUAGCGGCACUGGUUAGACAUGGUUUUCCCUGUGAUAAAGUAUUGCAGUAUGAGACAAACUAACAUACAGAAGAUUGACAGAAUUGGGGAGCAUAUUUGUGUGCAGCUCCUGUGACUAGCUGACAGUUCUCGAUACUCUGCAGAAUGGCAGAUUUUGUUUUUAGUGAUCAGUUACGGUGGUUACAUUAUACACUAGAGGAGUCAGUGGCGAUUACAGGUAUGAUAACCUGUUGCAGAACUUUUUGCGACUGGAAAUCUAGCCCAAAUUUCUCAGAUUACAGCUUGAUAAAUCCCAAACGGCAGGUAGCCAAUGCAUCUGGAAACCUGAGGCUGGGACCUAACUUUUUAAAUCGUUUUUUAUUGAUGUCUAUGGAACUUAUUAUUCUUAUAGCCGCUAAAAAAUCUAACCGGCUCCCUAGAGAUAAUGACUUUUUAUCUAAUGCCCGCAGUCUGCCUGAGUAAAUAGAAGAUUCAUACUUAUCUGUUCCCUGCCGCUACAGUCCUCUGCACGGACUCCUGCAUGUUCUAACUGGCUGCAGUAGAGCUUAUGACCAUACAGCACUGGAUGUAAAGGACCAGAACAUGGACAUGCGGGGCCGAAGCUCUGUGAAACAGGUAGUAGGUAAGCAGGUAAGUAUGAAUCUUCUAUUCACAGAGGCAGGCUACGGGUAUUAGAUAAAAAGUCAUUAUUUCAGGAGAACCCAUUUAAUGGUCUCACUGACCCCUAAAGUCCUACAGCUAUUUGUCCAUUCCUGAGAUAUAUGAUUUUUAUAACCUAACUUAUUUAAAAUGCAGAUUUAAAAUACUAGGGUCAGCACAGCAUUGGUUGAAGGCAGAAGACUUCCUGUUCCUGUCUUGACUCGCAUAGAAAUGAAUCCACUUCAGUCAGUAAAUGGCUUGGUGAGCAUUUUCUGUGUGUGAAGAUCGAAGCCGGAAGUAGAGAGCAGCAGGGACUCAAGAAGCAUUGGAAUGGCCAAGGCAGGCGAUUGGUGAGGUAUUGGCAUGUUUUUAAUCCAAUCUAAGCCUACUGCCACCCAUUUUAGUAUAGGAAAGUGCACACUAUUCUUAUGGAAUUGAGUAGUCAUCAUAUGUCGUCCAUAUUGGAUGACUGAUGUAGGAUUACUGUAUCGGAACUUAUAUAUUGCAUAUGUUUUGGGCUCUGUAUGAUCUGUAUGGUUGUUUGGUGUCGCAAAUGCACUUCAAAGCAGUCUUUACCACUGAUGUACAUGCAAACUGAACCAACAUGCCAUAGUAAGUUGAGUAGUUCAUCCAAGCAGCAAUACCACAUGCUGCCUUAAAAUAAUUGAUUUGAUAAAGUUUCUAAUCAUUGUCAUGGACUAAUAAAGAUAUAAAAUCUUAGUUAUUCAUCACAUAAACUAACAUUUAAUACUGGAUAAUGGAUCAUUUUUGUUUCUUGGGGCAACUAUGAGAAAUACUAUGACCCACCAAUAGGUGUAAAUUCUCAGUUUCUGGGACCACAUAAGUAUCCAUAUGUUAGAUUAUUUUAGUUUUGUAACCAUGAUAUUAUGAAGACAUUCACCACCUUGAAGAAUAACUUAAAAGUAGUAUACACAGUUUAUUUAAGUCUUAGGUUGUUACUGUAGUUUUUUUUUACUCUAAUAAUUUAUGCUAUGUGUUUAUUUACACUGAGGAGACUCUGUCAUCUUUAUGAAACUUGGACUCUAUGUAUAGCACACCCAGUAGCCAGGUUGGUGCCCCUAAUUCUGUAGAUUUAUGGUGACUAGAAUCAAUUACUCUAAAGUCACUGAAAGAUUUUUUAUAUUCGACCCCAGUGUUUAAUAUGGCACCAUUUAAAGGAAGGCAUUUGAAUUUGUUAAACUAUACUGUAUCAACUUUUCAUGAACGAGCCAGUUUUCUGUUAUGGAGAUGUGCUUCCCUCCUAUAAGAUGGAGAUGUAAAUAGCAUCUAUCUAUACCAAUGCACUUCAACCUCCAUUGUCUGAUAUGCAGAAAAUUUGCCCAUUUCACAGAUUCUCCUAUCUCUGUACCAUCAUCUUCACUGGUGGACUGGACUUCUCAAAUAAAUUCCUUGUAUAUUUUAAAAUACUUAUUGACAGUGAAUGGUACAGGUGGAAACCUGACUGUUAAGUGUAAUCUACUGUAAAAUGUGACUGACAGCUGCUGUACCCUUUUAUCUGCAUGUUGUGCUUCCAUAUACACUCAUUGACAAAAAAUAAAAUAAAUAAAUAACCCAGAUAGAAAUGUCAGAUUGCUGCAAAACUCGACAUGUAGUUAUGUCUCUGAUUAGAUACUGGGUCUUGCCACGAGAGUAAGUAAAAGUGCUUCCCCACUGCCCUAUAAAAAGGUUCUCAAAGACUAUUUUUGGGUAGCGUAUCACUUGGUGAGAGAUCAUUGACAUGCCUAUAUGAUGCAUUCUAAGACAUUUUGCCCUGUUGACAGACUCAUUGGACUGGGAAAGUAGGAUGGUCAGUAUGACAAAUAGUUUGCCAUCUAGGCUGUUCUGACCUAGCUGUUAGGAGAUGCUGGGAGCAAUGGUUACAUAAGGGCACACACACUGUGAAUAAUGACCGCCCAGACAGACCACCAGUGGAGAGGAUUGCUUGAUCCACCAACAAGCACGAGCAUGUCCCACAGUUUUGUUGUCCACUAUUCAGACUAGGGCUUCACAAUAUGGGAAUUUUGUACGAUUGCGAUUAGGGCCCUAAAAAUUGCGAUAACGAUAUGAGAUGCAAUAUUUUAAGGGAAUUGUGCUAGAGGUCUAUUUGCUUGGAUUUUCCCAUAUGAGCCGCUGAUGCGGCUG